UCCGUUUUCCUUCUCGUCAUUGUUUCUUUACUUCUUUUCAUUGGUUGUUGUCUUUCCGAUGAAUCAUCUUUGCCGUUUCUGAUCCCUUGUCGUUUGCGUUGUUUCCAACCGACAUUUCUGCAGCUUCUGGUCAUAGUGCUGUAAUGCUGCAAGAUUGCCUUGCUUGUUGGGCCAAACCAACGACUGUUGAUAGCGACCGUGCCAAUGCGCCUUUUCGUUCUCGCCCUCCAGCGUUAUUCUAUAUAUUCUUCAAUAAUUUCCUCUUUUCUUUCCUUGAUUUACUUUUCUUACUCGAUUGUUGGUGGGGGAAGUGCGAAGAGAAGAGCAGGGUGCAGUGGGCACGCAACAGCAGAGGUUCGAACUUGCCCUUUCCGCAACCCGAUACAGUGCACAUGAUACGAAGAUAUCAGGUGAUGUAUGAAGAACACAAACAAUGCUCGAAGGCUAACUCAUGAAUUUGAUGUCAGCGUGUAUACUUUUAUCAGAAAAACAUAAACCGUUG